CUAGUUGUAUGAGGAGUACAUAGGGCUUCCAUGGCUUUGCGAGAAAGAAACUCAAUUUGUUUUCUCUGCCAAGAAUUCCGCCAUGCGUAUUCCUUUGGGAUGUGCUGUUGCUUCUUCCUUGGGUACCUUCUGUUCACAUUGGUCGUGUUGGGGUUGGCUACAUUGAUUAUUAUCUUCAUCUUGAAGCCUCGAAAGCCCAUUUUCUCUCUCCAAGCUGUUAACCUGGAUUCAUAUAAACUUGAUGUCUAUUCAGGCUCAACGUUGUUUGUCUCAUCAGUUGUUUCUCUGACCCUGAAUGCCCAAAAUCCAAACAAGGUUGGCAUAAGAUACAGCCCUUCACGCCUCCAUGUUCUAAAUGAAGGACUAGUGAUAGGAAUGAUCCGAGUUCCUGGGUUCUAUCAGCCUGCAAGCAGCAACAAUGUAAGCCUGCAAAUGAGGGGUUUCUUUCAGUGCGUGAAUAUUAGCCGAAUCCUGUCUGGGGUUUCACCGCAAGAUGACAUGACAAACACUAGCAUUUUUCAAUUGAGACUAUUUGGUGAUAUUACAGCUCGGUUGCAUGUAUUUCAUUUCAAUUUGCCAAAGAUAAAGGUGGCCAUGGACUGUGAUAUAGAUAUUGACUAUAGGCAGCUUACGUUCAGCAAUGAAAUUUCCAGCAUGAGAGGGGUUCUGGGUCAUAUUGCAUAUAAUUUUCCUAUCAGCUCCCAAACAUUUGCGAAGAAGUGCUCGAUGGCUGUUUACAUAUAA